UGUUAUGGACUCCCUGACUGUUUAAAGAGUGAUGAAUUCUCUGAGAGCACAUCUGAUCUUGAUUCUCGACCAAUAAUAAACUACCCAAAGAGGUGAAAAAAAACAAGGAAGAAGAAAGGGAAAGGUUGAAGCCCUGCCUUCUUUUUACCCUCCCAGAAAUACCGUGUUGGUUUUCCCUUAGAAUGCACCAUGCAGCGACUUAGAGGCGCAGGGACCGUAAUUUCGCGCUCUCUACCCGUGACCCAGUUAAGGAAGAAAGCUUUCAGAUCAUGGGCAGCUGUUCAGGACACUUAUUUUUCAACUAAGGAUAUAUUUGAAACGCAUAAGGUUGUAUUUACAGUUGGAACUUCCAUAGCUUCAGUCGCCACAGCAUGGUUUGGAUAUACUAUACGUCAUGUACAUGAAUCAAGAGUUGAUCAAAGGCUCGAAUCAAUCGAAAAAGCUCAGAUGAAAAACAAUCAUAAUCUGGAACAUUCAGAAAUUAGAAACAUUGUUAAUUCUGGAAGUAUUGGUGUUCCUUCAUGCAUAGCCACUGCCGGAACCACUUUGGUUGUCGGUUACGCUUUGGGUUGGCGAGGUGGAAGGUGGUAUGCAAAUAGGAAGUUCAGAAGGGAGCAGAUGAAAUUGCUAGGGCAAAUUAAACCUAAAAGGUGGCAAUUGCUCAGGAGAUCAUUGAUCAGACCAAGAACUCAAGACAAUGUAGUCAAAACUUUGGAGAAGAUAAAGGACACUCAUACCCCACCUAAUUUUGGAGAAUCGCACCAAUCUUGUUAGCAAGCAUAAAUCAUGACAGAUUUUUGUUUGCUGAGAAAGCCUGAUGGAAAAAGAUUGUUGAUAGAGCUUUAUACUUGUUAACGGUUUGAUUUUUUUUGCUGGUAUUUAUUGAAACGUAAGAUAAAUGAUGAGAAUCAUCUAAAGGAAUUAGAUUCAGCAUUGCCUUUCUUGUUGUGAAUCAAGAUAUGUGUAAAUGAAUCUGCUUUGUACUCGCUAACCGCUUGAAAUAGACCAGUUGAUGAAUUUUUUUCCUUCUGGUUUCAUUUGAUUCCUGAGCGCAAUCUGUGUGAGAGAUGAGAUACACUUGCUUAAAGUACCUCGUUUAUGCAGAAAAUGGUUGACUGGGAAAUGAAAGCAUCGGAAGUUUUUAA